AUGCUUGAUCGACGUAAGCAGCAGAAACAACAUGAAAACCAAUUAUCUGUCUUUGAAACAAUCUUUCAUCGUCAGAAAUUACGUAAAAGUAGUAAAUCUAAGAAAGACAAAAAAUAUCCUCCACUAUUAGAUCGUUCCAAAUCGAUCCCUGGCCCUAGCUUCGUUAUUGAUCAGGACGAAGAUACCAUUGAAAGCUAUCACGAUUUCCGGAUUGUACAACUAACCAAUCCAACUUGGUGUGAUUAUUGCACUGAUUUUAUUUGGGGCUUAUUCAAGCAAGCAAUCAGGAUUGAUUUGAAAUGUCCUCGAUCGUUGGCUAAACAGAUAUCAGAAAAUCACCAGCAUAUAGUACAACAGGAACAAUCCCUACAACUAAUUAGCGGAAAGGCCAACGAAAAGCCAGGAUACGCACGGAAUACUUUAGAAGUAUUGGGGUUAAAAUCUACACAAGAACUGAAAGAAGUUAUACAAAGAUACAAUCAGAAAUCUUCUGGUUUAAUCAUUACCAUGCAACCAAAGAGCUGCAAGUUCGCUGGGUUUAUUCAUAUUGGCGUCGAUAUUCUUCGACCAGUAAAUGUUCAUCCUUUCAAUGGUAAAAUAAAAGAACAGCUGAAAGAUUCGCCUAAGCUUGGUUCUAGUAACGUUAAUAGGAAACGAAGUACAUCUUUCUUUAUGCCGAGUGGUAGUUUACAGGCUAUUCAUGUUACGAGUGAUACAACCGCAACGGAAAUUAUCGUUACCUUUUUAGAAAAGUAUAAAAUUGCUGAUAAUCCACAAAAGUUUGCAAUCUAUGAAAGGGUGCACAAGCUUACCAAGUACUUUGAUAGAAAGCUGAAUGACUACGAAAGACCUUUAUGCCUUAAAUUAAUGUGGAAUAAACAGAACGACGAAGAGAAAUCGUUUGUUAUCGGUGAAAAUAAAACUGGAGAUAUUUGUUGGGAUGCAUUUUCAGUAGCGGAGCUGGAAAAUUUUUUGACUAUCUUAAAUUUAGAAGAGAAAGAGCAUAUUAAUCAGGUUCGUACACGAUAUGAAAGGCAAGAAAAUUAUUUGCGAAGUAUGCUUGAAACUCCAAAACAAGAUUAA